GUCCCGGGCACUGGGGAUGCCAGGUUCUGAGUGUUGGGACACACAGACACGCAGACACGUAGUGCUCGGGGCCCUCGUAUGGACCUGCUCCGUCCCCUCCCAUCGUUCAGGGCUGUCCGUGCACCCCAAGGCUCCAGGCUCUAGCUCCCUUCUUAGCCUAGGACCUGCACGACCAGGAGCCAACCUCAAGACUGUCAGCAAGUCCAGCCAGCGCUACCAUGACAAAUGACUAUCAAGAUCUUCAGCAUCUGGACAGCGAGGACAAUGACCAUCAGCUCCCACAAGUGCCACGGCCCCCGCAGCCGCUGUUCCGGAGGUUCUGCUCAGGACCCUGCCUCCUCCUGCUCUCCCUGGGCCUCGGCCUCCUGCUGCUGGUGGUCGUCUGUGUCAUCGGAUCCCAGAACUCCAAGUUGCGGGGGGAGCUGCAGGCCCUGAGAGAGACGUUCAGCAACUUCACAGCGACCACGGAGGUCGAGGUCAAGGCCUUGAGCAGCCAGGGAGGAAAUGUGGGCAGGAAGAUGAAAUCGCUCGAGUCCCAGCUGGAGAAGCAGCAGCAGGAUCUGAGCGAAGAUCAUUCGGGCCUCCUGUUCCACGUGAAGCAGUUCGUGUCGGACCUGCGCAGCCUGAGCUGUCAGAUGGCCGUCCUGCAGGGCAAUGGCUCGGCGAGGACCUGCUGCCCCGUCAACUGGCUGGAGUACGAGGGCAGCUGCUACUGGUUCUCCCGCUCCGGGAAGCCCUGGCCGGACGCGGACCGGUACUGCCAGCUGGAGAGCGCGCACCUGGUGGUCGUCAACUCCCGGGAGGAGCAGAAGUUUGUCCAGCACCACAUGGGGCCGGUGAACACCUGGAUGGGCCUCACGGACCAGAGCGGGCUCUGGAAGUGGGUGGACGGGACGGACUACGAGACCGGCUUCAAGAACUGGAGGCCGGAGCAGCCGGACGACUGGUACGGGCACGGGCUCGGGGGAGGCGAGGACUGCGCACACUUCACCGACGACGGCCGCUGGAACGACGACGUGUGCCAGAGGCCCUACCGCUGGGUGUGCGAGACGCCUCGCGAGCCGGCCAGCUAGGAGCCUCCCCUCCUCUAAUUUAUUUCCUCAA